GCGGAAACUACAGCGUCUCCUUUGCGAAGUGAGUUUUUGCUUUGGUGGCGCGCAACCUUCCCAAGAGCUCGGCUUCGGGUCCAGGCGGCAAAAUGUCCACACCACCUCUAGCUGGAGCAGGAAUGCCUGCUGGCCCAUUUUCAGGAUCUCAAGCUCAGGCUGCACGGGAAGUGAAUACUGCUUCUCUCUGUCGCAUUGGCCAGGAGACUGUGCAGGAUAUUGUAUUUCGCACCAUGGAAAUCUUCCAGCUGCUGAGAAAUAUGCAGCUUCCAAAUGGUGUCACUUACCAUACGGGAACAUAUCAAGACAGACUGGGAAAGCUCCAGGAACAUCUACGUCAGCUCUCCAUUCUUUUUAGAAAACUGAGAUUAGUAUAUGACAAAUGCAAUGAAAACUGUGCAGGACUUGACCCUAUUCCAAUAGAGCAACUUAUUCCUUAUGUUGAAGAGGAUGGCUUCAAACAUGAUGACCGAGGAACAGCCAGCCAGCUCCUUUUUGCUAGUGAAGAGAGAAGAGAAAUCGUGGAAGUGAACAAGAAGCUGAAACAGAAGAAUCAACAGCUGAAGCAAAUCAUGGAUCAAUUACGGAAUCUCAUUUGGGACAUAAAUGCCAUGCUGGCAAUGAGAAACUGAAAUAUGUUUUCUUUCUUUCUCAUUAUGGCAACUGAUUUUAUUUGUUGGGGGUGGGUGGAGAAUUAGUGUUUUCUAAGACAGCUCUCUCUCUCUCUCUCUCUCUCUCUGUUGUAUUAAUCCUUUUAAAAUAGCCAAAUCUGUGUACAGUUAGAUUUAUAUUUAAAAUGCAUAUUUGUAACUUAUCUGUUCUAGUUUUAUUAUGAAUGUUGAGGGUCUUGGAAACUUUAUGAAGUGAGUCCAGUUUAAAUGUAUGUUUUAUUUUUCAGAUCAGCUUGGGCAGUUUGUACUGAAAUAUGGACAAAUGCUCUUCUGCUUUAAAUUGUUUUUCCCCUUGAAAUGCAGCCAAAAAAUAACUGCAUAGAAAGAGACUGUAUCCUUUUUUUUUCCAACUAAAAUUAUCCAUCUUAUUUUAGACCAACAAAAACAACCAAAACUAUUGUGGGCUUUUGUAGUGUUUCAAGAUGGUUGGAAUCUGCUCAUCUAUAAUGUCACUUCAAUGUUGCCUGCUGAAAAGGUCUUAUGACUCAAAUAAAGACCUUUUGGAAAAUCUCAGAAGGGGCUCAGAAGAAGAAAACUAAUUUUCUUCUCAGAGAUGGCUCAGUUGGAGUUUUUUUCAAAACUAUAUUAUUAUUUUUUUGGUUAAUUUCUAGAAAUAAGGAAGAGAUUGCAGCAAAAACAGAGUCUUGUGCAUGUGAAAGGUGAAAAAAUAUGUUAGCUCUAUUCCAGUCUUCACCUGAACACCCUCUAUAGUGCUGUCCCAGUCAGUCCACUCUGCUGAUUUCCAGAGGUGAAUGCCCUUGAAAUUUCUCUUCUGACCUUUGUGCUGAAUAUGCAGAUAUAGGAAUAGAAGAGAUAGGAAUAGAUAGAUAAAACAGAAGAGAGGAAUAGAUAGGAGUGAGAGCCAGCAUGGUGUAGUGGUUUGAGCAUUGGACUAGGACUCUGGAGACCAGGGUUUGAAUCCCAGCUUGGCCAUGUAAACCCACUGGACAACUUUAGGUAACUGACACACUCUUGGCGUCAGAUGAUGGCAAUGGCAAACUCUCUUUGAAAAAACUUGCCACGCAAACCCCAUGAUGUUUGCCUUACUGUCAUCAUAAGUCAGAAGUGACUUGAAGGCACACAACAAUAACAAAGAAAUAGAAGAAUCUAAUCGGGCAUUCUGUAUACAUGUAUUAAUGAAUUGGAUGUGUUCCUGGCCAUCCAUAAUUUAACAGACAAAACAGAGAUAGUAAUAAUAUGGAAAGAAUAGGGGUUGAUUCCUACACAAGAAAGAAGAGCACUUGAACUUGUCUCAGCAAAUGUUUCAUAACUGAAAAUAUGCCCACAUGAAAUGAAACAACCAAGUGAGAGAAGCCUUGCAUAAGUCAGCAAAAGCUUUUUGGGCCUUCUAGACACCACUUGAAGGUUUCUUCCAAAAUGCAUCCAAGCAUGACUUUCUUUCACUAGACUCCAUUUUUCUUAAGAUUUUCAUUUUAGUGGCCAAACCUACAGGUCUAUACUUUUAAAAUAAAACAUGCCAAGGGCUGGCUGUUUAUUACAGCCACACUGCAA